CUUGCCCAGCUCUACUCACGAAAAAAGACAACAUGCCUUUCCUCGUUCUCCAUUGGUCAUCUGUGAUUUCCACUGCAGUAUGAAGCUAUCUGAUUGGGCAUUUAGAUUGAACUGCUCGCUCAUUGGCUGAGGAUGACGCGGGCCCUUGAAACGUCAAAUAAAGUUCAUCAUCAGCUUCCUCGCUUCGAUGAAGUUACCUGUCCUAACGCGUCCUGAGCGAUAACACGGUGAGUUCAUGCGGUCAGUAUGUCGACGACUGACAUGUCCGGCGUGCUUGACAUCCUCCGGUCACUUUAUCGGCACACACAGACACUGGAGGAGUUUGCGGACAGCAUCGUGUUCAGAGAGGGACAGAGGGCUGUGCUGGUUGAACAGUCAGACACAAACCGCUUCAAAUCAUUUGUCCGGGCUGUUUUUGUCUGCUUUGACAAGGAGCUACAGCAAGUACCAAGCUGCAACCAGAUCUGUACUCUGCCUGAACUGCUGGCUUUUGUUCUCAACAAUAUGAAAAGAAAAAGAAAAAGAAACGUCUUGGCGCAUGGCUACAAUUUUCUGUCCUUGGCUCAGGAGGAGAGGGAUGCAGACCACUUCAAAUUCCAAGGAGAUGUAACUCAAAGCGCUGCAUACAUCCAUGGCAGUGACUUGUGGAAGAAAGUCACGGUACGCCUCGGCACAGACAUCACACGGUACCUGUUGGAGAGCUGCUCUGUGUUUGUGGCAGUCCCUUCUUCAUGUGUUUUCCAGGUGAGCGGUGUUCCUGUGUAUGACAGGGUGUCCAUGGUUCCUGCCUCCACUGGGUUUUAUCUACAGCCGCGUUCCAGGGCACAAGGUGGUACUCCGUUUAGAAGGUAUCAAGGGUCUGUGACCUUGAAAAGGAGACACAGAGCUGAGAACAGAACAAAUGUAAGAGUAAGGAGGCGGAAAAGAAAGAGAGAAACUGAUCAGAAGGAUGGGGAAGAGGUUAUGGCUUGUUCAGGAAAGAGGAGACGGGUAGGAGAGCAUGAACCAACACAGGACAUCCAACAGGUUUGCUAUGACUCAGUGGAGGAAGGGCAGCCCAUGACUGUGGAACCAACACUAUCUGUGAAGCCUUUGGAAAAUGGAGGCACUGGCUCUAAACAGCCUGCUGAGAUGCAAACAGCCAUACUUCCCUUGGAGGGAGGACCUGCUUGGAGAACAGGGGUUUUCCCCCCUUUACCUCCUUCGCAAUGUUUUAUCCGCACACUGGGAUUCAUGUAUGGGGGGAGGGGAAUGCGUGGCUUCCUUCUCAACAGGAAAAAGAAGAGUGCUUUUGGAUCCAGAAGGUUACAAGGGCAAGAUUUGGUAAGAAUAGUCUUCUUUCAGGGACUGACUUAUCUAAAUGGACUAGAGAGGAGGCCAAAGAGACUUCCCUCACGCUUUUUUAACAUGGUCCCCCUGUUCAGUCAGCUGUUGCGUCAACACAGGAGAUUUCCGUACAGCAGAAUACUGCAGAGAAUGUGUCCACUGGUGAAGGAGAGAGAACCAGGACAGGGAGAAUUGAGCUCCCUCUUGCCUCAACACUGUGCACUUCACCGGGUCUACCUUUUUGUCAGGGAAUGUCUCUCUGCCGUGAUCCCACACAAGCUGUGGGGCUCCGACCACAACCGACUUCAUUUCUUUGUAAGGGUCAAGGGUUUUCUGCGUAGCAGCAAGUUUGAGAAGCUCUCAUUGGCUGAACUGCUGUGGAAGAUGAAGGUGAAUGACUGUGAUUGGUUGAAGAUCAGUAAGACAGGCAGAGUCCCGCCCAGUGAGCUCUCAUACCGCAUACAGAUCCUGGGUCAGUUCCUGGCUUGGCUUCUGGAUGGCUAUGUUGUAAGCCUCGUCCGAGCCUGCUUCUAUGUCACUGAGAGCGUUGGCCAGAAGAACGCCCUCAGGUUUUACAGACAGGAAGUCUGGACCAAGCUGCAGGAUCUGGCCUUCAGAGGUCACCUUUCCAAAGGUCAGAUGGAGGAGUUAACUCCAGCACAGGUGGCAUCCCUCCCCAAAGCCACUGUCAUCUCCCGCCUUCGCUUCAUUCCCAAGGCUGAUGGCAUGAGGCCUAUCACACGAGUCAUAGGAGCAGAUGCCAAAACGAGGCUUCACCGAAGGCGUGUCCAGGACUUGCUGGACAUGCUGCGGGCCUGUGUGUGCUCCACUCCAUCUCUUCUGGGCUCUACAGUGUGGGGGAUGACAGACAUUCACAAGGUGAUGCAGUCUCUGGCUCCAGCCCAGAAGGAGAAGCCACAACCCCUCUACUUUGUUAAGGUGGAUGUGAGUGGAGCCUAUGAGAGUCUGCCUCAUGACAAACUCAUUGAGGUGGUUGGUAAGGCCCUAUCACCUGUCCAGGAUGAACUCUUUACCAUCCGCCGCUAUGCCAAGAUCUGGGCUGAUUCCCACGAAGGCCUGAAAAAGACCUUUGUUAGACAGGCAGACAUCCUGGAGGACAACAUGGGAUCUACCAACAUGAAAGGGUUUGUGAUGUCAUUGCAGAAAAGAGGCAAAGUCCAUCACGCCAUACUGGUGGAGCAGCAUUUCUGCUCAGACCUUCAUGGCAGAGAGGCGUUGCAAUUUUUCACCCAAAUGCUAACUGACAGUGUUGUUCAGUUUGGGAAAAAAACAUACCGUCAAUGCAGAGGAAUUCCUCAAGGAUCAGUAGUGUCCAGUCUGCUCUGCUGUCUCUGCUACGGUCACAUGGAGAGUGUCCUGUUCAAAGACGGACACAAAGGGUGUCUGAUGAGACUGGUGGAUGACUUCCUUCUGGUCACCCCAGACUUGCAUGAAGCAGAAAACUUCCUCAAGAUGUUACUGGCCGGGGUACCACAGUAUGGUCUGGUGGUCAACCCUCAGAAGGUAGUGGUCAACUUUCAAGUGUCAGGAAGUGUGAGCUCUUGUCCUGGCAUUCGGGUGCUGCCCCCUCGCUGCCUCUUCCCCUGGUGUGGACUGCUGCUGGACACACACUCGCUGGACAUCUUCAAAGACUAUUCAAGCUAUGCAGGCUUGUCUUUGCGCUACAGUCUGACUUUGGGUUCUUUCCACUCAGCUGGACAGCAAAUGAGGAGGAAACUGAUGGCCAUCCUUAGACUCAAAUGCCACGCUGUGUUCGUGGACUUGAAGACUAAUUCUCUUGAGGCAGUCUACAAGAACAUCUACAAGCUGGUGCUGCUUCAUGCGUGCAGGUUCCAUGUGUGUGCCCAGAGUUUGCCCUUUGGUCAGACGGUUGCUAAGAACCCUGUCUACUUCCUGCAGAUGAUAUGGGACAUGGCUGAGUACGCCAAUCACCUCAUCAGACUCAGCAACAAAGGGUUGGUUUUAGGCAACAAGGCUCAGACAGGCAUUAUGCAGUAUGAAGCAGUGGAGCUUCUUUUCUGUCUUUCCUUCUUGAUGGUCCUGUCACAGCAUCGUCCUCUCUAUAAGGAUUUGCUCCCACUCCUGCACAAACGGAAACGCAGUCUGGAGUGGCGCUUGGGGGACCUGAGGUUGGCCAGGGUCCGACAGGCCACCAACCCCAGGACCCCGGUCGACUUCUUGACCAUCCGGAUGUAGACUUCAAACUAGCAAACAAUUACAGCCUCUAGCAAGCAAGAAA